AUGCUGGCGUCGGCGUCGGCGGCGGCGGCGGCGGUAGCGGCGGCGGCGGCGGUAGCUGCGGCGGCUGCGAUCGAGACGGUGGCGGUGGUUACCGUCUCGUUAGGUGGGCCUCUUGCCCACGGUGGUGCUGGCGUGGGCCUCUUGCCCACGGUGGUGCUGGCGUCGGCGUCGGCGGCGGCGGCGGCGGUAGCGGCGGCGGCGGCGGUAGCUGCGGCGGCUGCGAUCGAGACGGUGGCGGUGGUUACCGUCUCGUUAGGUGGGCCUCUUGCCCACGGUGGUGCUGGCGUGGGCCUCUUGCCCACGGUGGUGCUGGCGUCGGCGUCGGCGGCGGCGGCGGCGGUAGCGGCGGCGGCGGCGGUAGCUGCGGCGGCUGCGAUCGAGACGGUGGCGGUGGUUACCGUCUCGUUAGGUGGGCCUCUUGCCCACGGUGGUGCUGGCGUGGGCCUCUUGCCCACGGUGGUGCUGGCGUCGGCGUCGGCGGCGGCGGCGGCGGUAGCGGCGGCGGCGGCGGUAGCUGCGGCGGCUGCGAUCGAGACGGUGGCGGUGGUUACCGUCUCGUUAGGAUUUCAGAGGGCAAAGUGUAAAAACUCGCGAGGAAAAGAAACGAGCGCAGUGCGAGACGUAAUGCGGAGACCGCACGCACGCCGGGCGCUAAGCGCCGACGCAGAAGAAGCAAUCUGCCAGCGACGCCGCGCCGAGACGCGUCGCCGUGCGUGGCGCCACCGGAAAUUCAAAUUAGGGCGCGGGCGGGGCGUCCUCGUCUGCGAGUUCGCCUGCGACUGCGGUCGCGCGACGCCCCGCCUGCCGCGCCGGCGAGAAAUCAACUCGAAAUGUAAUUAA